AUGCGGAAACCUACUGAAGGACCAGUUACCCAAAGCACCUGUUGUGUGUAUGCAUCACAAUAUCCUGACAUCUUUCUUUUUCUCUUUCAGAAAUACCCUGUACUACCCUAUCUAGUUUUAGUGCUGAAACAGUUCCUGUUGCAGAGGGACCUUAAUGAAGUAUUUACAGGUGGAAUCGGUUCUUAUAGUCUCUUUUUAAUGGCUGUCAGUUUCCUUCAGCUGCAUCCCAGGGAAGAUGCCUGUAUGCCCAGUGCCAACUAUGGUGUUCUUUUAAUAGAGUUUUUUGAAUUAUAUGGACGUCACUUCAAUUAUCUGAAGACUGGAAUCCGAAUAAAGGAUGGUGGCUCUUAUGUUGCCAAGGAUGAAGUGCAAAAAAGCAUGCUGGAUGGGUACCGACCAUCAAUGCUGUACAUUGAAGAUCCAUUACAGCCAGGUAAUGAUGUUGGAAGGAGUUCUUAUGGUGCCAUGCAAGUGAAACAGGCUUUUGAUUAUGCCUAUGUUGUUUUGAGCCAUGCAGUUUCCCCAAUAGCUAAAUAUUAUCCUAACAACGAGACGGAAAGUAUAUUGGGUAGAAUAAUUAGAGUAACACAAGAAGUGGCCACAUACAGAGACUGGAUAUCAAAGCAGUGGGGAAUGCAGAGCAGGACAGAAUCUUCAUGUAACGGUAAUGGAGUAACCCUGAUAGUAGAUACUCAGCAACUAGACAAAUGCAACAAUAACCUUGCUGAAGAGAAUGAAGCACUGGGCAAACCUAGAAAUAAAGCUUCAGAAACACUUAGUAAACAUUCUUCAAAUUCUUCAUCAGGCCCUUUAUCAUCCUCAUCAUCUACACUGUCCAGCUCUAGUGAUGUAGAUUCUGAUGGAACACCUUGCAAAACCUCUAAACAAUUGAGUUGUCGUCAGUCUACCACAAACCGAGUGGGGUCACAGGAAGUAUCACUGGAAUCCUCUCAGUCAAGUGGGAAAACACAAAACAGCCAAACAGGCAAUACAUCCAGCAACACGAACAAAUCCCAGCACGGAUCUGCACGGUUAUUCCGCUCUUCUAACAAAGGCUUCCAAGGUCCAACCAACUCAAGCCACGGUACCUCAGUUACAAACAAACAGCAUCAAGGCAGCAAAUCACACCAUCAGUUUUUCCACGGCAAGAAGAGGAAACACAAGAGGGAUGCGGCCCUUUCAGACCUCUGUAGAUAGUUGCCUAUUUUAUGACUGUUCUUCUGUGUGCAAUGAUCUCAUGCUACGGGAUAGUUUGAUAGUGACUCCUUGGAUCUCUUCCGGAGCUUCAGACUGUUCAGACAUUGAUUAGCAACUGCAUUUUUUUUUCCCAGCUCGCCACGGAACGGAUCAUGUUUAAUUAUCACUGCAAAAAAAAAAAACAAAAAAACAAAAAAAAAA